AUGAUGAGUGUGCACCAGAAUCGCGGAGAGUCCCCGCUAAACUCCCCAAAUUCUCUUUCAUCAACGAAGGGCCGCGUGCUCUACUGCCGAAAAUGCGAGGGCCACGGAUUUCAGCGAAUUUUGAAGGGUCACGCCCCGCUUUGCCCCUUUAUUGAUUGCAAAUGUAAAUCGUGCGACCGGUUGAUGCGAAUGCGAAAAAAUGCGUUCGUGCGUCGCUAUAAGGAGAGCCUGCCGGAGGAUACGGAAGUGGGUUUAAUUUCGAUCUUGUUGGUAAUGAUU